AUGAGUAAUUUGCGUGUCUGCUCUCCGCUUCUCUCUCUGCCGUUGCUUUCUUUGGACUCUCUUUUGCCGCACAGCUGCUCUGCAAUUAUAGGCGCUGCCAAACACACAAUCACAAGCAAAUGCACACACACGCCAUGUUGCACACAGGUGAGCAGCCCCUGCACUGCUAGAGGAGCUUUCGGCGCACUUUGGAAUGUCGCAGCGGGCACCAUUGGACUCGGUGUGUUGGCGCCUGUGGCUGCCGUUGUCGACGUUCCGAUCCGCUCUGUUGGAAGUGCCGGCGUGGUCGUGGGGUGGCGGGAGAGCAGCGGCGGACACGGUGACCUCUACGCAGUGAGUUCACAGUAA